UCUUCACUUCAUUCAUUUCUAACGUCCUAUCCUUUCAACAACCUCUGGCUCUGUUUCUCAGUAUUACAACUGAAUGGACCUUAGCUUCUCUGCUAAAUUCCAAGCCUUAACCCUAAUUUCUACUUCUCAGAUUUCUUUUCUCUCUUCCAAUAAAUCGUCCAUUCGAAGAGAAUUCCUUGGUUGCUCUCACAAUCUCAGGCCUCCUGGUGGUUCUCUUCGAGUAGGCAAAUGUAGGAAAGUGAAGAUUCGAAGAAGCCAAUCUCAAAGUUUGUUACUCAACGCUUCUUUUGGUUCAGAAUCUGUUCUUGUUGCAGUUGCUGUGUCUACUCUCUCUGCUAUCUCUUUUGCCUACCUUAAUCAGCAAAUAACCAGCAAUAACGGCAACCGAAAGGAUUCGAAAGAGGCCUCGGGUUCACCUGGACUUGGCUCUUCUCAAUUAGGCAAAAAUAUUGUGAACCACGUUAUUCAAACUCCAUCCGCGGAUGUUGGGAAUAGUCUCAGGAGUAUCCUUGCUACUGAAAGUGAAAACUUGGUGGAGAAGGCCAUAGAAAACAGCCAUGCAAUAGAGGGGGAAGAGACAGUAGUACAAGUUUGUGAAAAUACUUUGAGAAGUACCAGUUCUAUUUUGUUUGAAACGUCAGAAUACGACAAUGCUGACUUCCCAGUAUCUAAUGUUUCUAAUUAUGUGGUUCCAAAAGAAUCUGAAGCUACUAAUGUAUCAGUUUCUAAAGAAUCUGCAAUUCCUGAAUCAGAAAAGGUGUUACCACUCGUACUUAAUGCUAGGGGAAUGUCUGAGCUGACAUUAGAAAAAAGCGGAAAUGAAACUGAUGUUCACGAGGUUGAUGCUGAGUUAACUCAUCUAAUGGAACAGAUGUCUAACAAUACUGCUUCACCUCCUGUAAAUUAUGAAGCUGGUGAAAAGAUUGACCUUUCUAGCUAUCAUGGUAUCAUCAAAGAAUCUGCUAGAGAGGACCUUUACAUGUUUUAUGACAAAAGCCAGUCAGUGGUGAAAUCUCCAUUAAACUUAAAUGGUUCAAACUCAGUAUCUUCUCAUGCCUCCCCUUCGAUUGGCAAUAGCUUUUCUUCAUUCAAGGUGAAUGGCAUUGUAAAAGAGGCAGAUUCGUCAGCACAGCAGUCUCCCAAAAUUGCAGAGUCUGUUGAUAAAAAAGUACGUCUUGCGCAUUAUGUAAGAGAAUCUUCUCGGAAAAAUGAAAACACAAGGAGAAGGAGAGGAUUUCCAACAGAAAAGGAAAAAGGACGUCCAGUUCAGAAUAAUCAAAUAAAACUACCAGAAUUUCCCUACCCGAAUGGCGUGCAUGUGAUUGACAAAGACCAUCCUUCACAGCAAGUCCAUGCUUACAAUCGUUUGCUAAGAGAUGGAAGGUUAACGGAGUGUGUAAGUUUGCUUGAAGAUAUGGAAAGAAGAGGCUUGCUAGACAUGAACAAGAUUUAUCAUGCUAAGUUUUUCAAGAUAUGCAAAAUUCAGAAGGCUGUUAAUGAAGCUUUUCGCUUCUGCAAGUUGGUUCCAAAUCCAACAUUAAGCACAUAUAACAUGCUCAUGUCUGUGUGUGCAAGUUCUCAAGAUUCAUCGGGAGCUUUUCAAGUUCUACAGCUUGCCCGAGGGUCUGGACUGAAAGCAGAUUGCAGACUUUACACUACUUUAAUAUCUACCUGUGCUAAAAGUGGAAAAGUUGAUACAAUGUUUGAAGUGUUUCAUAAGAUGGUUAAUGCUGGAGUUGAACCAAAUGUUCAUACAUAUGGAGCACUAAUAGAUGGCUGUGCCAGAGCAGGACAACUAGCUAAGGCAUUUGGCGCUUAUGGGAUAAUGAGUUCCAAGAAAGUGAAGCCAGACCGAGUUGUCUUCAAUGCACUUAUAAAUGCAUGCGGCCAAUCAGGAGCUGUGGAUCGUGCCUUUGAUGUGUUAGCAGAAAUGAGGGCUGAGACACAGCCUAUUGACCCUGAUCACAUCACUGUUGGUGCAUUAAUAAAUGCAUGUGCAAAGGCUGGUCAGAUUAAUCGAGCAAAAGAAGUAUACAACAUGAUGCAUGAAUUUAACAUCAAGGGGACUCCAGAGGUUUAUACUAUUGCUGUUAAUUGUUGUAGCCAGACUGGUGAUUGGGAGUUUGCCCGUAGUGUGUAUGAUGACAUGAAAAGGAAAGACGUGGCCCCUGAUGAGAUGUUUCUUAGUGCGUUGAUAGAUGUAGCGGGGCAUGCUGGAAAGGUGGAUGUUGCAUUUGAGAUCUUACAGGAGGCAAGGAUUCAAGGAAUGCAACUUGGAAUUAUACCAUAUAGUUCAUUGAUGGGAGCUUGCAGCAAUGCCAAGAACUGGCAAAAGGCACUGGAGCUAUAUGAAGAUAUCAAAUCCAUUAAAGUGAACCCAACUGUCCCGACCUUGAAUGCCUUGAUCACUGCCUUGUGUGAUGGGGAUCAAUUGCCAAAGGCUAUUGAAGUUAUGUCAGAGAUGAAGAGUUUUCGCUUGUGCCCAAACACUGUUACAUACUCCAUACUCUUUGUGGCUAGUGAAAGAAAGGAUGAUCUAGAGGUUGGCCUCAGGCUUCUUUCACAAGCCAAAGAAGAUUGCAUUGCCCCCACCCUCAUUAUGUACAAAUGCAUAAUAGGCAUGUGCCUGCGAAGAUAUGAGAAGGUUUGUGCUCUUGGUGAGCCUGUUUUAUCAUUUGACUCAGGCCGGCCACAAAUGAAAAAUGAGUGGACAUCACUGGCCUUAAUGGUCUACCGUGAAACAAUUGCAGCUGGCGAGAAACUUACAAUGGAAGUUGUUUCACAAGUUUUGGGAUGCCUGCAGCUCCCUUUUGAUGCUUCGUUGAAACACAGAUUAGUUGAAAAUCUGGGAGUUACUACUGACUCGUCAAAAGUCUCUAACCUCUGUUCUUUGGUGGAUGGAUUUGGAGAAUAUGAUCCUCGUGCAUUUUCAUUGCUUGAGGAAGCUGCUUCUCUUGGAAUCAUUCCUUGUGUAUCCUUCAAAGAAAGUCCUAUCAUUGUUGAUGCUAAAGCAUUGCAAAGUCAUGUGGCUCAGGUGUACCUUUUAACCAUUUUGAAGGGUCUCAAGCAUCGGCUUGCUGCUGGUGCAAGGUUGCCCAAUAUAACGAUUUUACUGCCUACAGAGACGGCACAAGUCAAGGUGCCUGAAGGGGAGAAAACAAUCAACAUUGCAGCAAGGGUGAGCCAAGAUGUUGCUGCUCUAUUAAGAAGGCUAAGGCUGCAUUACCAAGGAAAUGAAUCAUACGGGAAAAUUAGAAUCAACGGAAUUUCCUUAAAAAGAUGGUUUCAACCAAAGCUUGCUUAUCCUUUCAGUGGAAAACCAGAAGAGUUGAACUCAUCUCUAUUACGAAUAGGAAAAGACAUCAGUCAUCAGCAACGUAAUAUUCGAACUGGAAAUUUGUCUCUGGAAUAAGAGGAAGAAUGCUUAUUGCUGCUGACAGGGUAACACCAUUAGAAGAUUUGAGUUAUACAUCAAUUUUUUUCCUAUAAUAAGACAACAUGACAGUUAUGGGGAACGACCUAGUCUCAUUAUCAUGCAAUAUGGCCAAAUUUCUGCUAUGUUGUUGAAUGGCUUUUGGAAAAAUUGUGAACGAAAGUUGUGCUCUCUCCUUCCAAGGACAUGGCGGCGAUACUUCCCCUGCAGUUUAAGAGAAUGAGACAUAGAAUUAAAUAAUUUCCGGCUGAAAGAAAAGAGAUUGUUGAUUCAGCAGUCACUGAUCAUGAUUUUCCAUUUUGUAGAGAAGUAUAUUACUCAUAGCAGGCCAACAAACCAGUGCCUGCAACUUGGAAUAACUGAAAGAAUAUGAAGAUUCGUGUAUAAUAUUUGCUGAAUACCACUUGUAAGAAGAUACAUAUCAUCUGUACAUUGUCAAUUUUGAAUGUAUUACCGUAUUAUUAUCGCAUAAGAAGAUAUUCACACUAGGGAAAAGUACUUUUUAGUCCCUGAGUUUUGACCCAA